UGCUAGGUAGUGAGAGGCAGGGUUGGGUUUGAACGCUUGCUACCCGCAGGGGGCCAGUACCCAACUGAAGGGCAGCCUCCCAGGGUGAGGCUAAGGGAGCCCCACCCCAAGCCCCCUCCUCAGAUGCAAGGCCCUGGACGCUUUGGAGGCAUUGCCACAAGGUUCCUGAGCCGGGGAGCUGCUGGGACUCUGUCCUGGAGGGUCUUUCCCCUGGAGCUGGGCACUAUUUUCCAUUUUAAAGAAAUCCUGAUCUGUGUGUGUGUGUGUGUGUGUGUGUGUAGGGAGGACUUUCUAACCAUAAAAACGAAGAAAAAUAUCAUAAAGGCAACGAUUAGCGGGUUCAAAUACGUGUCAAAAAACAGUAUAAACAAUACUAAAAGGCAGAUGAGCAACUGGGGAAAAAGUUUGCAGCAAGUGUUAUGUGCAGACGUGAUAUCAGUGGAAACAACCUUACAAAACAAACCUAUGAAAAAUUAACACCCCACCAGAAAAAUACAUGUGAAAUGCGCCUAUAGUCAACGAGGGCAGAGCCUCUGUCAAACGAAUGCUGAGGAAACGCUGAUGCUGCACUUUCUGACGCUCCUUUGCCAGCAUGAGGACCGCCUCUAAUUUGGGAGCACAAAGGCUGCACAGGCUUUGACCCACCGCUUCCACUCGGUGCGUCUAUCCUGAGGAAAUGAUCCAUGUUUAGCUGAAGACAGGCGUGCACGUCAUCCACCAUGGCGGAUGGCAGUAUUUGUUAUAGGGAGAACUCCCAGCUGCUCACGCCCAGUGACAAGGGCUCUGACAAGCUAUACCUGCAUCUGUGGGUGAUUAUGCCCUCAGAGAACACCAUGCACCACGGGAAGGGCCCUGGAGCACAGACUGGGAGCCCCCCCGCCCUGAUCAAAGGUGUGUUUCCUCAAGGAAGUCUUUAUCUGUCUGCCUGUCCAUCUGGAGCACCUCCCGAGGCCAGGCAGGGUCAGCGUCAGAUGGGAGGGCUCUGGAGAGGAAGAGACGGGGGUGCGGAGGAGGAGACAUUCUUGGCCGGGCCCCGCCUGGAUGAGGCCAAGGCCAGGGCUGAGCUGGUUGGCUGGUCAGCUCUGGAGCGCGCCGCAGGGCCCGGUGUGCAGAUGGACUCUCGCUCAGUCGGCCUCGUCAUUGUCAUUCCUUUGCGUUUCAGCCUCAGCAGCCCCAGCUGUUUGUGAUACCCUCCAGCCUCUGUGCCCCCAAGAAGACAGACCUCCCCACCUCAGCCCCACCUGGGCCGCCAGGCCUUCCUCUGGGGUGGGCACGGUCCACUCAGAGCCAACCAAUGUUGCUCCACUUUUCCGAGGGCCGGGUUUUCCGCAGGGGCUCCUCCUGCGCUAGGGAGUCUCCCUGGACCGUACACCCUACCCCCACGCCUCCUUCAGCUGGCCCUGCACAGCUAGGUGCCCCCUGGCCCCUGCCCCCUUCUCCACCCUCUGCCAGGGCCUCAGUCCUCCCCAAAGCCCUACUAGAGUGGACCCCAGCCCCCCAAGAGACCCCAAAGUCCAGGAGAGCGGAAGGGUUGGGGCAAGAAAGUGGGGGAGGGAGGAAAGGUGGCCGAGCCAGGAGUCACGGGCGUGGGGCGGCUGAGGGCCUCCUGGCCAUGGCUGAUCCCAGGGCAACCCACCUGGCAGGUCAGGGGAAGGGCACCUCCAGGGCUGCUUCCCCAGGGAGUUCCCGGCAACGGGGUGGGGGUGGGGGGCAUGACCAGCCAGCGAGGUCACAGAGCCCUGAGAUGUCCCUGGGGGAGGGAGCCAGAGACCCUGACAAUGAAUUUUGACCAAAAGGCGGUGAAAUUCCUGGCAAAUUUUCACAUCAAUGGAGGCGAACACUGGACCCAUGGCCCCCUGAAACAGAAGCCACUUGUGACUUCCCAGGGUGCAAGAGCUCCAGGGCUCUGGACCCCCAGCCCUGGGCCGGUCUGGGGAGGCAGGCCGGUUGGUGGAGGCCCGCCUGGAGGACCCAGGCCCAGAGCUUGCUUCCCGCCAGGGCUGGAGCGACGCCCUCCCGUCGUUACCAACCUGGGCGUCCCGGGCCCCACCAGGUACCGGGUGCCAGAUGCUUCGGCGCGAGAGUGCUCCCCACUGCCCCACUCUUCACCAUCGGCUCGCAUGCACCCCACCCGUGACGGUGGCGGCUGCAGGGCGUGGCAGACCGUGUGGUUCCCGAGGGAAAGCCCUGUCACCCAGAACGACUUCAACUGGGAGCAGUGGCCCUCGCCCGCCGACUACCAGCCGCCCAGCCCGCCCGCCUGCCCGGCCUUCAGCUUCGGGGGUCCUUACUCCAGCGCCCCCCCGCCCGAGGCCCGAGCCCACUUGGGGAUGCUGCAGGCCUGGGGUCCCUCUGCCGACGGGGUUAGCUCCAUCGCCUACAACAUCCUUCCCGGGUGCCGCCUGCCGGGCCCCUGCCCGCCCGCUUUCUGCAUGAGCUGCUUGCCCCUGCUGGCCUCCUGGGUGGGCUCCUCCUGCACCCUGGGCCCGGCUGCCUAUGGCGUGGAGGACUGCUACAACUCGCACUUCCCCUCUGCAAUGGGGGUGGUCAUCCAAGGCUUGCAGAGACCCAAGUGCCACGACACUGGCCCCUUCUGCGCGCUCUCGAGCCCAGUGGGUACAGCUGGCCCACCCAGUUAACACAUGAAACCCUGGCCUUCCAGGCCUGGGGGCCUUCCCGGGCCUCCCUCUGGAACUCAGUGCCCCCAGCCUGGCCUUCUGACCCUCUGGGCACCCGUGAUCCACUCUCCGGGCCGGCCGACCCCUCUGACCGGUGGACCCAGCCUGGAGCCCAGCCUGGAGCCCUAGCCCGGAGCCCCACCUGCCCACCCCCCUUGUUAUAUAGAGAUGCUGUUGGUUCUUCCGAAUUCUGUGCUGUGCUUGGUGGUCUUGCCUGGUGAGCUGUGCUGCAGAUGCGGCCUGCAGCUAACCUGUCAUGUCCGGCUUUCUCUGGCCAGGGAUCCCCCUUCACUUCCCCUUCAGAGUGUCUCCUCUAGGGUGGGGUGGCCUGGGACAGGGUGGGAGGGAGCCCUGUGGGCAGUGUGGGACACCCCCAUCUAGCCGUGCCAUCCCGGAGAGGGUCCGGCUGCCAGUCUACCCAAGGAUCAGGCUGCUUGCCGAGCCGAGGAACUGACCGUUGCAGUGGAGGCGGGGGGCAGUCUUGAGGUAAGGUCAGACUGCCCGGCCACCAGGUAGGGCCCAGAGGACCAGGUUGUUAGGGCCCGGCCCCCCUUCUUCCCGCACCUACCCAAAGACCCUGUGAACUCACACGGGGCCGUGCAGGCCAAGCUGUAGCCGAUAGACUCCCCAGGCUUCACUGUGCGGCCCGGCCCCUGCCCACGGCAGCAGCCUGGCCACUGGACUCCUCGUCACCAUGGACCCGCCCUCCUACCCAGGGGUCGGCCCCAAGGCUGCCUCCCUGCAGGGGCCUCACCUGCAGCUUGUGGUGGCUCCUGUCUCUGCACCAAUUUCCCCAGGGGUCCUCCCUGUGUCACCCAAGCCCUGGGCCAGGCCCCCUUCUCUGUCUCCUCUAAGCUCAACCCCUUCAAACAGUCACUGCACAAGAGCUGCUCCCAUGGUGUUGGCAUCAUCCCUUUCCGCAGGGAAGCCAAGGACAAGUGAGUCUGAGCGUCGUGCACCUGUGACCUCCUCCAGGGCUGAACCAGCUGGGGGUCAAGCCCCAGCACCCUCGGGAAUCAGAGCAGUGGGACUGCAGACUGUUGGCACUGAGCCCUGGGCUGACCAGCUCAGGCAGUGGGCAGCAGAGAUAGACCUGGGGCACUCUGGCCUUGGGAGUCUGGCCCAGCGUGGGAGGACCAGGAGCCCUCCUCUCAGCUGCACCACAAGCAAUCCCUAGGUCUCAAAGCCAGGAGUGGGACCAGCAGGAAGGUUGCAGCAAUCCCUCAAGCUGGGCUGAGGAGGGAGGGUUUUCCGGAGGGGGCUUUCAAGGAUGAGUUUGCUGGGCAGCAGGAAGGGAAUUUAUGGCAGAGCAAACCUCAGAAGCCAAGGCACAUGAAAAGGGAGAGGGUGUGAUGUUUGGUGUGGCCAAGCUUGGGAAGACCCCGAGCUGGUGGGACAGAAGGAGGUGAGCUGGAGGGAUGGAAAAGCUGCAGAGGGCUGCAUGCUGGGUCCGGGGGCUUGCAUGCUUGGCAAUGUGGAGCCCACGGAGGGUGCAGGGCAGGCAGUGACUGCUGCAGGCACUGUAUGGGCAUCUUGCACUGCAAGAGAUGAGGGACCCCAUGGAAUCCAGGGCUCACAUGUGCAGCGAGUUGGGCUGGACCUCAGCCUGAGGGCCUAACACUUUUGGUUAGCAAGGGGGAUAGAUGCUCAAGGUGACAAGAGGACAGCCAUCCUUUGUCACCCUGUCACUGCGUGUCCAGGUCUCUGCUAGGCACUCCCUAUUUGAGGCAAACUUUUUUUUUUUUUUAAAUAAAUUUAUUUACUUUUGGUUGCAUUGGGUCUUCGUUGCUGCGCACGGGCUUUCUCUAGUUGCGGUGAGCGGGGCGGAGGGGGGCGGCUACUCUUUGUUGCCGUGCGCGGGCUUCUCAUUGCCGUGGCUUCUCUUGUUGCGGAGCACGGGCUCUAGGCGUGCGGGCUUCAGUAGUUGUGGCACCGAGGGCUCAGUAGUUAUGGCGCAUGGGCUUCGUUGCUCCGCAGCAUGUGGGAUCUACCCGGACCAGGGCUUGAACCCGUGUCCCCUGCAUUGGUAGGCGGAUUCUUAACCGCAGCGCCACCAAGGAAGUUCCCACACUUAGAUUUUGGUCUUUGUGACAACACUACGGUGUGAGCUUCGCCGGGUUGGACAAGGAAGAAACCAAGUUCCAGGAUGAGAGAGGGUCGUGCACCUGGUGGGCGCUGUGAGGUCAGCAACAAUAUUUUUCAUGAUUACUAAAACGCUCUUGGCUAAAAUAGCAGCUAUGAAUCUCCUGAAGCAGGCCGCGGCACCCCGCCCCCUGUGCUCCAUCCCCCUCCUCCGGUGCCCCCUCCCCCAGGCGCCCCGCAGCACUCCGCCCUCCCUCCGCGCCGACCCUGUUCUCCUUUGCCGGUAAACGGCUGCAAGCGCCGCGAGGCUGG